CAAGUCGGCAUAAUUUUAACUAAGUACGGGGUUUUUUGAUAUUGGAAUUUAAUUUAGUAAAAAUGGCCGCACAAUAUACUCAAUUGCAACAGUGGUUUGGCCAGUACAAGCAGACGGUUACCAGAUCGCUGCACGACACCAACAAACCCUGGACCAAGGUGCUGGAUAUCGUGGAAGAGCGGACUAGCGUUGACCGCGUGAACAUAUUUUUCGGUGCCGCCGGCUUCUGCGUCCUCUAUCUGAUCUUCGGCUAUGGGGCACAGCUGUUGUGCAACAUUAUUGGCGUGUUGUACCCGGCCUACAUCUCGAUCCAUGCGAUUGAGUCUAGCACCAAGCAGGAUGAUACCAAGUGGCUAAUCUACUGGGUCACCUUCGGCAUUUUCACGGUGAUCGAGUUCUUUUCGGGAGUCCUGACCCACAUCAUACCCUUCUACUGGCUGCUGAAGUGUGCUUUCCUCAUCUGGUGCAUGCUGCCCACGGAGCAGAACGGCUCCACCAUUAUCUACCACAAACUGGUGCGACCCUACUUCCUGAAGCAUCACCAAUCCGUCGACAAGCUGAUUGACGAUGGCAUGAAGAAGGCAACCAAUGUGCUGAAGCAUGAUUAGGAACAAGGUCUGCCGGCCGGCCACUUCUUCAUGCAUUUGGUACUCCCGCCUCCACGCAGGAUUUUUUUAGACAGCACGGAAUUAGGGUUUGGUCACGUCGAAUUGGUAAAAUAAAUUUUAAAUCUA